AUGAACACUCUGGGUCUGGUAUUUUUAGUCGGGGCUGUUGCCAGCGUAAACGGCCAUGUGACUGAAAAAGAGAGAAUAGUCGGUGGCAAGCUAGCCGAAGUAGGAGAGUUCCCGUACAUGGUAUCGCUCCGAAUGCGGAACAACCACUUCUGCGGUGGUGCCCUGAUCACCAAGAGGCACGUGCUCACCGCUGCCCACUGUAUCUAUCCGAUGACGCAACGUCCGAUGCUCAAGCCGUAUCUGCAUGUCGUUGUUGGCACCAACAGUGUGACCUGGGGAGGCAAGUCCUACAAGGUCAAAAACUUGUCCUACUACCCCGAAUACUACGAUCAAACUGAAGAGCCUGACUUCAUGUACGACAUUGGUAUCGUCACCCUGGCCGAAGAAGUGAAAGAGAGCAAACUGGUCAAGACUAUUGCUCUGCCGACCGUGAACCGGAUCCAGGGUGGCGAAAAGGCCGUCAUCUCUGGAUGGGGCACCAUGAAGUCGCCGGACACCCCGCCCUCCGAGAUUCUCAGGAAGCUCGACGUAACCAUUGUCAGCAACGCCCAGUGUCAGCGAUUCUACUCGCGUGAUCGGAAAAUUGUGCCGAGCCACGUGUGCGGUUUGAAGUGGCGCGGUGCCGGCGUCUGUUCGGGCGACUCUGGCGGCCCAUUGGUCAGCGGUGGCGAACUGAUCGGUGUGGUUUCCGGCGGCGUUGCCUGCGCCCUGGGCUUCCCCGACGUGUACACGCGGGUCUCGUCUUACCUCAAGUACAUCCACAGCGUCAUAGACACGAAAUAG